GACUGAGAGCCAGUUUGGGGGAACCUGAAAAAUAUCACUCUGUGAAAUUUCGUCAAACAGCGACGGUCGGCGACGCAUCGUCGGCGACCUGGCGGGUGCCUUUCUGGCGUUGCGGAGCGGACCUCGCGAGAAGUGAGAGCUCAAGAUAGGAGACGGUUUUUUGCAAAGAGUCCCUGCUCCGCCGCUCCGCACGCAGGGAUGGACCUUCCCGGAGGGGGCUUCCCCUUCCACCACCCUGAGGGCCCGCACCAUCCUCACCACGCGCCCCCGCCGCAUCACGGCUCGAGCCACGGCUCCCCGGAGGGGGUCAUGCCCCAGGUGCCGGGCCGCCGCACCCCACUCGGCGCCGUGGGCCUCGGUGGCUUCUACUUCCCGCCCGGCGGCCACCAGAUGACGCCCCCGGGGGGCGGCGCGGCCGGCGCCGGCGGUUCGGCCCCCGGCGGUGGCGGUGGCGGCAGCGGCCUCGGCAUCAACGUGGGCGGCUGCCACAUGCAGCUCGACGUGCCGGACUCGGGGCCCAAGUCGGACGAGAACCGACCCGACCAGCACCAUCCCAACAGGUCGCCGCAGCAGCGGCACGGCCCCGGCCCGUCGGGUGGCGGCGCCUCCGGGGGCAAGUCCAAGUCGCGCCAGGGCAAGCUGGUGCGCCUCAACAUCAACGCGCGCGAGCGGCGGCGCAUGCACGAUCUCAACGACGCGCUGGACGAGCUGCGCUCCGUCAUCCCCUACGCCCACUCGCCCUCGGUGCGCAAGCUGUCCAAGAUCGCCACGCUGCUGCUCGCCAAGAACUUCAUCCUCAUGCAGGCCAACGCCCUCGAGGAGCUGCGGCGCCUCAUUGGCUUCCUGCAGGCGCAGGCCGGCGCCGCGGCCGUCACGCUGCCCGUCCAGGCCAUGGCCGCGGUGGGCGGACACGCGGGCUUCGACAUCCAGGCCUUCCUGGGCAAUCCCGGGCUGGCGCAGAGUGCCGCCGUGUCCGCCGCCGCCAAGAUCAUCCAGCAACAGCAGCAGCAGCGUCAGGAGGCCGCGGCUGCCCAGGACAGGCUCCUCGACGAGCAGCAGCACCCAGCGCCGGCGUCCUCCUCCACCUCCGCGUCGACAGCCUCGUCCUAGGGUCCGUCUUCUGUUUUACACCGUCCUCAAGUGUGUCUUGUCGGGCAAAAGCUUUCGAAAAAAAAAAAAUAACAUUCCAAAGGCCCGGUAGGUAAGGCUAAGCAAUAACGCCAGGACUGCCCUGUGAAUUCUCUCAAUUAUAGUUCGAUGUGAUGCAGUGGAGGGAAAUGAAAGGGGAAGUCGCAAUCAUGUGAAUCAAAAAAGGCCUUUCGGGCUCAAAGUUUUUUCCCUGCCUUAGUAUAUGAGCGUGUUUGUGAUUACAAAAUUGGAAAAAAAUGUUAAAAUUUCAAAACCAAAGAAAAUUCAGUUUAGUAGGUAGUAUUAAAUAAGUUUGGUGAUAUAAGUAGAGCAAUAAUGUUAUUUCUAGUCGCAGGGUUGUGAUGAUGUAAAAGGGAAAUGGUUUUUACAAAUUUUUAUCUAAGUAGUCAUUGUUAGUAUUCUUCUAAGCCACAAGCAGUUUUCCAAAAAUACUUAGGGAGUAAAGACUGGAUUUUGUAAAGCAUUGAUAACCAGGAAGAAUUUUUAAAAGACCAGGGAUACCAGUUUAAUUACCCAACAUGUUAAAUUGUUAUCCCAGCUUGUCUCAGGUCUCAGGCCAAUGAAGAAAAAAAGUACAGUUUUAAGUGAUUGUGUUUUUGUUUUUUUAAGUAUCUUAAACUCCUAAAUAUGUAAGUCUGAACUUAUGAAUGAGUCUUCAAUGGAAAAUAGAAAAAGUGUUGAAGUGUGAAACAGUGUUCUAGUCAAUAUAUAAUGCAAGACUUGCUCAAAGCAGUCAAAAAUUAAA